AUGUUGGUAGGAGGAAUUUUAGUUGUAGGCGAUUUCACUUACUACUGUUCUGAACAACAAAUACAAGCUGUUGCAUGCUUCUGUGGAUUAAUUCACGCCUUUUAUCUUCUCGUAGAAAAUAUUCCACCGGAGUUUGAAUCUGUUCAUAAGUAUUUUGGGUCAUACGUUUACCCCUUUCUGGAGGAAACUCGGGCAGAACUGCAUUCAAGUAUGGAGAUUAUAUCAAACGCUCCUUUUGCUGAAGUAAUCGCAUUUGAUGAAUCUAAGUCAUAUGGGAAGAAUUUGUAUGAUGUAAAGGUUGAUUCCUGGAGAAACAGAUUCAGUGUUCUUGUCAAGGAGCCCUACAAAACGUUGCCUGGAGAUAUAUUAGUUUUAGCAAAUGCUAAACCCGAGGAUGUUUCUGAUUUACAAAGAAUAGAAUGCCAAUGGGCUUUUGUAACGGUCACUAAAAUCCCAGAGGAUGAAGAAAACAAGAAUACUAGUUUUACAGUCAAGGCGUUGGAAGACAUUGGGAUCCAGAAAUCAUUGUUUCUGAUUUUCUUGAUAAAUACAACCACUAACAAGAGAAUAUGGAAUUCCUUGCACAUGUCUGGGAAUCUGGAGAUUAUCAAAAACGUUUUGAACACUAAUUCUUUCAUUGAGGAAGAUGGUGGUCUCUGUUGUGCUCAUAGAGGUGGGAAUUGGGAUGAGAAAUUUGGGACUAGUGUUACUUCUGAACUGAAUGAACCCCAAACCAUGGCAAUUUUGGCUUGUCUCCAUAAGAUACGUUGCAACCACAAGUCAGCUGUAGAACUUAUAUGGGGUCCUCCGGGUACCGGGAAAACAAAAACCAUCAGUACAUUGCUCUUUACCCUUUUCAGAAUGGGAUGUAGGACUCUUACUUGUGCCCCAACGAAUGCUGCAAUCAGAGAAGUGGCUUCUCACACCCUAAAGCUGGUGAAAGAAUCCUUUGAAAGAGACAUUGGGAUUGAUGCUUUGUUUUUCUCAAUGGGAGAUAUUCUCUUAUUUGGGAAUAAGGAGCGGCUCCAACUUGGUUCAAACAUUGAAGAGAUACAUUUGGACUAUCGGGUCAAAAGGCUUAUUGAGUGCUUAGGACCCCUGACUGGUUGGAGGCAUUGUUUUGCUUCAAUGAUUGAUCUUCUUGAACAUGGUGUUUCUCAGUAUAAAAUAUUCUCGGAGAAUGAAUCACUCAAAGAGACAGAACACAACAAUGAAAAUGAAAUCAACUCAUUUCUUGAUUUUCUGAGGGACAGAUUUGGUUCUACUUUAUCAUCAAUCAAAAAUUGUAUUCUCGUUUUUUGUACACAUUUACCAAAAAAAGACGUUCUGGAACAAAAUUUCCAAAACAUGGUCUCUCUGAUUGGCCUGCUUGAGUCUUUUGAAACCUUGCUGAUUCAAGAUAAUGUGGAAUCUGAAGUACUGGAGGAGCUUUUUUCUCGUUCAAAAUUACCUGCAGAUAUAUCUCAGUCAUCUAUGUAUAUGCCAUUCCUGUUGUAUGAAAGGAGAAGAGAAUGCCUGUCUGUUUUAAGGACUUUUAAUGGUUCAUUUAAUUUGCUUGACCGUCUAAGCGGUAUGAGCAAACGGUCAAUAGAAGAAUAUUGUCUUAAAAAAGCUUCCUUACUUUUUUUCACUGCUUCAAGUUCUUAUAAGCUGCACUCAGUGGCAAUGAAACAACCCUUGAGCAUUAUGGUUAUUGAUGAAGCUGCACAAUUAAAGGAGUGUGAGUCAGCCAUACCCUUGCUACUUCCGGGUUUAAGGCAUGCUAUUCUUUUUGGCGAUGAGUGCCAAUUACCAGCAAUGGUUAAAAGCGAUAUUUCUGGUAAAGCUGGCUUUGGGAGAAGUUUAUUUGAGAGAUUGAGCUCAUUGGGUCACUCAAAACAUCUUCUCAAUAUACAGUACCGAAUGCAUCCAUCCAUAAGUUUCUUCCCAAAUUUGAAUUUUUAUCACAAACAGAUCUUAGAUUCUCCAAAUGUUAAAAGAAAAAGCCACGAAAAGCACUAUCUUUCCUGGCCAAUGUUUGGCCCCUAUUCUUUUAUAAAUAUAGCAGGUGGAAGAGAAGAGAAGGAUGAUGUUGGGCGUAGUUGGAGAAACAUGGUUGAGGUUGCUGUUGUUAUGAAAAUACUGCUGAAAUUAUACAAAGCUUGGGGUGGUUCAGAACAGAAACUCAGCGUUGGUGUUAUAUCUCCUUACACUGCUCAAGUAGUUGCAAUUCAAGAGAAACUUGGAUGUAAGUAUGCUAACCUUGACGGGUUUGCAGUGAAGGUUAAAUCAGUUGAUGGGUUCCAAGGUGGGGAAGAGGACAUAAUAAUAAUAUCAACGGUAAGAUGUAAUAGUUAUGGAUCAAUUGGGUUCAUAUCAAAUCGUCAGAGAACUAAUGCUGCUCUUACAACGGCUAGGCACUGUCUAUGGAUUUUGGGAAAUGAAAGAACGUUGUGUAAUAGUGAAUCUGUUUGGGAAGCUUUAGUCCGUGAUGCUAAGAAUCGCCAAUGUUUCUUUAAUGCCGAUGAAGAUCAUGAUUUGAAGAAAGAGUUGGAACAAUUUGACGAUUUGUUCAAUGGGGAUAGCAUAAUUUUCAGAAGUGCUAGGUGGAAGGUUCUUUUCAGUGAUAACUUUCUGAAGUCAUUUCAAAAACUGAAGUCUGUACAGACAAAGAAAUUAGUUAUACACCUUCUAGUUAAGCUUUCUAGCGGAUGGAGACCCAAGAGGAAGCAUGUAGAUCCCAUUUGUGGAGGUUCUUCACAGAUUUUACAGCAAUUUAAGGUUAAAGGUCUUUAUGUUGUUUGUGCAAAUGAUAUAGCAAAAGAUUGGAGCGAUGUGGUGACAGAAUUUAGGUACUAUCAAGUUUUGAAGAUCUGGGAUAUAUUACCUGCAAGUGAUAUUCCAAAAUUAAUCAAACGUCUUGAGAGUUUGUUUGAAAAACAUACAGAUGACUUUAUUAAUCACUGCAAAGAGAGAUGUCUGGAGGGGAAUUUGGAAGUUCCGAGGAGUUGGUCAUGUUCUUCUGAUAUUGUCAGGAUGAAGAAUCUUGAUAGCAGUGAAAAUGAGAUCGAUUUAAGUGGUUCUACUUCUGAUGGUAGAAGUUAUGUUGAGAAUGUACAGGUUAGUGAGAGUCUGAUGCUGAUGAAAUUCUACUACUUAUCAUCAGGUGUAGUUGGCCACUUGCUUUCUAAUCAUGAUGGUGUUGAAUUGGAUCUUCCAUUUGAAGUAACUGAACAAGAGUUGGACAUAAUCCGUUUUCGUAGAAGUACCUUUAUACUUGGCCGGUCAGGUACUGGGAAAACAACUGUUUUGACUAUGAAGUUAUUUCAAAAAGAAAAACAGCACCAUAUGGCAAAAGACUUAUUAUAUGGUGUCAAGAGCGAUAUACAUGUGCAUAGUCAGGAAAAGGAAGCCGAUGAGACUAUUGCAGAAAAAGAGGGUACCGUAUUGCGCCAGCUUUUCAUGACAGUCAGUCAUAAAUUGUGUUAUGCUGUCAAACAACACGUUUCUCAUUUGAAAAGCUUUGCCUGUGGUGGUAAUUUUUCAAAAGGAAGCAGUUCAAUUGAUUUUGAUGGUUUUGAUGAUGUAGCCCAAUUCAAGGAUGUCCCAGAUACUUUUGUUGAUGUUCCACCCGAGGCAUACCCUCUUGUCAUUACAUUUCAUGAUUUUCUGAUAAUGCUUGAUGGAAGUGUGGGUAAUUCAUACUUUGAAAGAUUCCAUGAAGUAAGGAAACAUUCUCUUGGUAAGGUUCGUGGUGGAUCAGUUGCCUUACAGACAUUUAUAAGGAAGAAAGAAGUUAACUAUGAAAGGUUUAGUUCAUCAUACUGGCCCCAUUUCAAUGACCAGUGUACAAAGAAUCUUGACUCUUCAAGAGUUUUUACAGAGAUUAUUUCUCAUAUAAAAGGUGGCCCACAAGCUCUAGAGCUAGGUGAUGGUAAACUCAGUGGUAAAGACUAUGUUUCAUUAUCAGAGGGCCGAGUGUCCAGUUUAAAUAAAUGGGAGAGAGAGAUAAUAUAUGAAGUCUUUCAAAAGUAUGAAAAAAUGAAGGUUAAAAAUGGUGACUUUGAUAUGGCUGAUCUUGUAAUUGAUCUUCAUUGUCGAUUGAGUGUUGAAAGAUACAAGGGUGAUGAAAUUGAUUUUGUAUAUGUGGAUGAGGUGCAGGAUCUCACAUUGAGCCAAAUUGCACUAUUCAAAUAUAUCUGUAAAAAUGUAGAAGAAGGUUUUGUUUUCUCUGGUGACACAGCACAAACAAUUGCGAAGGGAAUCGAUUUUAGAUUCCAGGAUAUAAGAUCUCUGUUCUACAAGAAGUUUCUACUGGAAUCUAAAAGCUGUGGACAUGAUAAAAGAAAAAAGAAAGGGAUAAUCUCAGAUAUUUUCCAUUUGAGCCAAAAUUUCCGUACUCAUGAUGGGGUUCUUAAACUUUCACAGAGUAUUAUUGAACUUCUUUAUCGUUUCUUUCCUCAAUCUGUUGAUGUUUUGCAGCCUGAGACUAGUCUUAUAAAUGGUGAAGCUCCAAUCUUGCUUGGGUCAGGGAACAAUCAAAACACGAUCAGUACUAUUUUUGGAAAUAGUGGAAAAUCUGGAAGGAGUUUUGUUGGCUUUGGUGCAGAGCAGGUAAUAUUGGUAAGAGAUGAUCAUGUUCGGAAGGAAAUUACCAAUUAUGUUGGGAAGCAAGCUCUUGUUCUAACUAUUGCGGAGUGCAAGGGCCUUGAGUUUCAGGAUGUAUUGUUGUACAACUUUUUUGGCUCAUCACCUCUGAAAAAUCAUUGGAGGGUGAUAUAUAAAUAUAUGGAGGAGCAAGAUUUACUCAACUCAACUUCUCUCUCUUCCCCAAGUUUCAAUGAGGCUAAACACAAUGUCUUGUGCUCAGAACUGAAGCAACUUUAUGUGGCUGUCACUCGUACGAGGCAGAGGUUGUGGAUCUGUGAGAAUGUAGAGGAAUUCUGCAUACCUAUGUUUGACUAUUGGAAGAAAAAGUGUCUUGUCCAAGUCAAACAGCUAGAUGACUCACUUGCUCAGGAAAUGCAAGUUGCCAGCAGCCCAGAGGAGUGGAGGUUGCGGGGAAUCAAUUUGUAUCAAGAGUAUAACUAUGAAAUGGCAACAAUGUGCUUUGAGAAAGCUGGAGAUACUUAUUGGGAAAGAAGGUCCAAGGCUUCUGCCCUCAGAGCGACUGCUGACCGCAUGCCCCAUUCAAAACCUAAAGCGGCAAAUGAGAUCCUUAGGGAAGCUGCAGAAAUAUUUGAAGCCAUAGGCAUGGCUGAUUCAGCUGCCCAAUGUUUCUUUGAUUUGGGGAAGUAUGAAAGAGCUGGGAGGCUUUAUUUGGAAAAAUGUGGCAAGCCUGAGCUAAAAAGAGCUGGGGAAUGCUUUUCUCUAGCCGGAUGCUAUGAACUUGCAGCUAAUGUGUAUGCUAGGGGCUAUUUUUUCUCAGACUGUUUGAAAGUUUGCACCAAAGGAAAAUUAUUUGACAUGGGUUUUCAGUACAUUCAGGAUUGGAAAGAACAUGCAACUACAGAUUCGGGUGUGGUUAGAAUGGGAAAAGAAAUAGACAAAAUUGAACAAGUGUUUCUAGAGAGUUGUGCUCUUCAUCAUUAUAAGCUUAAGGAUAGCAGAUCCAUGAUGAAAUUUGUUAAAGCUUUUCAAUCCAUAGAUUUGAUGCGCAAGUUCUUGAAGUCUCAUGGUUGUCUUGAUGAGCUUCUGAUGUUGGAAGAAGAAUCAGGAAACUUCUUGGAAAACAUACCGAGGCAGAGAGGGGAGAUUCUACAUGAAGCUGAUCUCCUAGGGAAGGCUGGGAAUUUCACAGAAGCAUCCUUGUUAAUUCUUUCCUAUGUACUGUCCAACUCACUUUGGGAACCUGGAAGCAAAGGCUGGCCGCUAAAGCAGUUUACACAAAAGCAGGAGCUUUUAGCAAAAGCCAAGACAUUUGCAAAGAAUAGGUCCAAAAACUUUUUUGAUUUUGUUUGUACUGAGGCUGAUGUUUUAUCAAGUGAGCAGAGUAACUUGUCCACGAUGAAAAAUUAUUUGAAUGCAGCCCAGAGACAUAAGAGUGUUGGAGGUGAAAUCAUAUGUGCUCGAAAAAUUCUGGAUGCUCAUCUUCAUUCAAAGUCCUCAAAGUAUGUAUGGGAAGAUAAUUUUGUUUUCGAUAUGAUAGAGCAUUCGGAACAAAAGAUCAUUACAAAUCAGAUUUCUUUAGAAACACUAGUUUUCUUUUGGAAUCUUUGGAAAGAUAAGAUUGUGAACAUUAUUAAAUACCUCAGAUGUGCUGAAACCCAAGAUGUUAAUGAAUAUGGAGAUUUUUGCUUGAAUUACUUUGGAGUGCGGAAGCAGUUUCAUAAUGAUAAUGCCAUCUAUCUUUUGCUCAACUCUGAUGCUGAUUGGGUGAGACAAUUGGAUAAUAGAUUCCUUCGUCAGAACGGGAAGGUGGUUUCUAUCAAUUUUCACCAGUUUGUUUCAACUGCACAAAGUUAUUGGUGUUCAGAAUUACUUUCUGUUGGUAUGAAGGCUUUGGACAGUGUCAAAGCCCUUUAUGAUUUGUCAUUAAAGAAUUCUCUCUCCAUGUUCUGCCAAAGCAUAUCUCUUACUCAUAUCUACGAGGUUGCAAAGUCUCUUUUGGAAUCCCAAUAUUUGGACCUCAAGUCCCAUGAAAAUAAGGCAUUGUGGCAAUAUGUCGAACUUUCCACUAAUAUCUUUGGCUACAUAUUUCCUCUGGACUGGCAGAAAUCAUUGGCAGAGAACAUGUUUUCUUUGAGAGGAACUGAGGUUAUGAAGAAUUUACUAAAACAAGUCAUACGUAAAAACAUCGGCUCAAAGGGUAGGCUGACUUACAGGAAAAUUGGAAGAGUUGUAAUGGUAAUUCUUGGAUUGGGUAAGCUUGACAAUGAUUUAUGUAAGGAGAUUUUGGAUAGGUUUGGUGGGAUUGACAAGAAUUUGCCCUGGAAGACCUUCAUUCAAACUCUCUUUGUGAAUAUGGGAUCAAAAUUUCUACAUGCUACCGUACCUGACAAUAGAUGUGAAUCUCCAAGAGUGUUAUCCCUUCUGCUGACGCUCAAUAAAGCUUUGGUAAAUACUUGCAGGGCAAACUGGAUUAAUGAAGAGGACUAUAUGUCACCUGGUUGUUUUUUGUAUCUUGUUGAGCGCCUACUAAUUUUGGCGUCAUACUCCCAGGGUUACUUUAUCACUUCAAAGUCUUCUUUUGUUGAAUGGUUUAUCUACCAAGAGGGAGAUACCAGCCCAGAUUCCACUUCAGUGGGUGAACUGCAACCAUUGCUUGAAUUGUUUAUCAAUGAAGUUGUUGCGCCGCUUAUUGACAAUAAGGAGGAUACAAUGAAAUGGAUCGAAAUGUCUGGCAUAAAUGCGAAAGACUACUAUCCACUGCUGGUGUUGAGAUUGGUUACCAUAAUAUGUUUGGUUCAUCUGCACUGUGGGAAGUUUUCAGAUUUACUUUUUGAUUGCUUCAAAGGAGAUAUAUUGCUGUGCCAACUUUCAUGGGACUUUCAUGAUGUCCUUCGGAGAAGAUUGAAACAUUUCCACAAUGUAAAUGUGAUUGCUGAAGCAUUUAAAAAAAUUAACAAUCCUCUUGUAAUUGUGAGUUUGGGAAAACAUUGUUCACAAUUUCUAUGUCCAGAUGUCAUUUUUGUGGACAUGAUGGUAAAACAUUGCAGGGAGGACAUUUUAAGAGUCUUGUUUCCAAAGACAGUCAAAUCCUUGCCAACUCAAACUGAAAUUAUUGAAGUGGAAACAACUCAUUCUUGCAGCGAAGUGCUUUCUUCAGGCAGUUAUGAUCAGGUGGGUUGUAAACUUGCACCUUCAAACUUUGUUUUGAACAACAUAAAUGGAAGCAAGCUGCUGCCAAUGGAUUAUAGUUACUUUUGGGAAAUGUUUGAAGCAUUGAAGUCAUUGGAGAAUUUUGGAUAUCCAAAGAGCUUUUUGCCCAAUGCUCAAGUAAUCAAGUUGGAUGCGGACAAAAGUAUUCACCUUGUAAGUACUGUUGUGAACGAAAGCCUUCAGAGCUACUUUCUGCAUGGUGAUGAAAACCUAUUGCAGGAAGUAGCCUGCAUGCUUGAUGAACUGAAGCUACUUUCUGCUGCAUUGGGUGUGAGUGAACUAGAGCUUCGGAAGAAUAUGUCAACAAUUGGAGAGCUUUCCAAGAGAUUGCUGUCAAGAAGGCCAAAGGUGGAACCUAUCUUGAGUCAGCGAUUCUUGCAACACGGCACAAACAUUCUAGUAGAGACAUCAGAAACUAGCGGUACAUCUGUUCACCAGUCUAUAAUUACAGGCGUCCGUAACAAAAAAGGUAGUUUUGGUAAGAUAAUUCGAUGA